UAAGCAGUGGACGGGUUUUCAUGCACUAUUUAGUAAACAAGUACGCAGGGGGUUUCGACGGAGCCGCUCUCACAUGACACUUUCUUGUGACCAACAUUCCAGACUUUUAGGAAUAUUUUUCUCUUUAUUUAAAGUGAGGGAGAGACAGAGAGAGCGCGUGAAAGAAAUGUCACGUUAGGGGAAAAAAUAAAGUUUUUUUGUGUUAAAAAUCGGGAUUUUUAAACGCUCAAGUGAUACAGGAGUACUGACCUGAGUUUGGAUUAAGAGUGUCUCGGUUCGACGCGGGGAUGGACAGAGGAUGGCGUGUCACUGAUAAAGAUCCGGUUUAAUCAGAACCAAGUCCCUGAAUCAUUCAGCAAUGAUGGCUGAGACACGACACACCGAGAGCUCACUCUGCAGUUGUUUCUUCCUGUACGAUCGCUCUAAAGUGCGUGAGGAAGGUGAUCUGACCCGCGCCGGCAUCUACUACUACUACCCUGAACAAACUCCGUUGGAUCAGCAGGAGUUAGUGUGUGGUCAGCUGGCCGGUGUGAGUCGCUGUGUGUCAGAGAUUUCAGCGUCUCCAGUCCGUCUGCUCCGUCUGCGCAGGAGCAAAUACGCCAUCCGCAUGAGAGACGACUUCCUCUGGGCUCUGAGCUGUGUAAACGAUCUCCCGGAUGUCAGUAUGUGUGAUUUUCUGGAUCAGAUGAUUGAUCUGUUCUGUUUCUAUAACGGCUCGGUGCGUCGCAGCUAUCAGCUCCACACUCAGGAGGAACUGGCUGUAUGCUGGGCUCGUUAUCUCUCCCACCUGCAGGGCGGCGCUACUGAGCUCCACCACAUCUUCACCUGCCUCACAACCAUCGACUACACACAUAUUGACCCCUUGUUGUUGAUGAAGGCUGCUCUGAUCCUGCAGGUGUGUCAGCGCUGCCCCCUGGUGUUAGCAGGCUGUAUCCUCCACCGUGGCAGAAUGGUGAGCACACAGAUGUCUCCAGAGCUGACGAUGAAGGUGAUGGUGCAUGAAACAGAGACGUACGGCCUACAGGAACAGAAAAAGCCAACCAGUGGGAGGAGCUCUUUUCUGGCUACACCCAAUUGUACGACCACAACAUCAGUGUAUCUGACGCAGUCUGAGCUGCACACACUACGCCGCCCUCUAGUGGACAACUCCGCAUCCUGCAGAUCGGAAUCUCCCAAGCGACCAUUGAAGCCCCGCCUCCUUUCUCGCACUCUUUCUGACACUCCGAUCACUGACCCAUCGUCCUGUCAGAUGCUGGCGUCCUCCCCUGACUCCUCCCUCUCUGAUGACGCGAGCUUCAGCUUGUGUCCCUCAUUAGCGAGCACGCCGUUUCGCUCCAGUGUAGCAAGCCAGUCAGAAGGAGUAGACGCGGAUGAGUCACAUGACCAUGACCUGGCCAAUGAGAUGCUUCUGUUUGAGGGUUCAGCAGCAGCAGGUAAAGGUGAGGACGGUGAGCAUGACCAGGUCGAUGAUGUCAGUGCCGGGUAUCGGAACCACAGCAGCAGCGAGGACGAGAAUCUCCUAGCUCUCAGAGACGAUGAAGAGAAGGAGGAGGAAGGGGCAGGGCAAGCGACCGACAUCAGAGAGGAGCGUGUGGGGGUGUGUGAGGAGCGUGACGUGGUUCUUGAGCCCAUGCUGCUGUACGAGCACCGGGUCAGAGGGCUUGUACUUGUACUGCUGGUGGAACCUGGCUUCGAGACACACCCUAAUGCCAAACAGGAAGUGUACCACAGUAGUCUGGCGUCCCUGAACGGACUCGAGGCUCACCUGAGGACGAUUCCACCUGCGUCUGAGAUUCCUGCGGUGCCGUACACUUUCGCCCACUAUGACCGCAUCCAGAACACACUCACCACAAACAUGUGUGGUCGUUCUACAGGACCUCAGGAUCGCCCGUUUGUGAAAGCCACAGCUCUGUUGCACUCGCACUUCUCACACGUGGACAUGCUGCAGGAAGCCAUUAUCAGGAGCGCCGGCUGUGCUCUCUACGCCACCCGCACUGCUGCUCAGGAGACCUUCUUCGUCCAGCAGGGGGUGCCCGCAAGGAAUUCUGGGAUACCGAAUGGCCAGGACAGCGCCUUCUCUCUGCCGAGUAAAGCUCGCCAUCGCUUACUCAAACAUGGAGUCAACCUGCUCUGAGCUACGAACACACACACACACACACACACACACAGAUGCCUGUAAUCAUUAAUGACCUUUAUACAGAGGUUGAGUGUAUUAGCUACAUAGUAACUAAUAAACUAGCACCCUAGUGUAUGUGCACUACGUAGGGUAUGACGUAAAGCCUCCUACACACUACAUGGUGUCUAAAUUCACUCCCUACUGUAUACCGAGGUUAUGAGUUAAAUACCUCAAUGACUAGCUAACACCUUUUUAGCCCACAUUCUUAUGAUUAUUCUUAGUUUGUGGUGUGUGUGUCUGUGUAGUGUGCAUUUCCUACUAAAACAUACACACUUUAAAAAAAAAAACGAUUACUUAACCGUACCGUUUUUUGUUGCUGGAAUGGUACUUUCAGUACCGUUAGUAUCUUUUUCCAACUGUGCAUGCAGUUAAAAUAUUUCCACAUUUCCAGGUGAAAGGUAGACACUGAAGGUACUAAAGGUAAACACCCCAGCAACAAGGACAAGAAACUGUUUAGUACCCUUAUUUUCCUCAGAGUAUAAAAGCAUAUUGUUGUUUUAAAGCUUAUUUGUAAUAAAUGUUAAAUAAAGAUAAAUAUUUGUAGUAUAAAACGUAGUGUUACUGAUGAAUUCAGGUAAAAAAAAAAAAGUUUGUUGUAAUUAUUCUACUUUUCUACCAACAUGGGCAAGUUUUUAAGGACACGUCCUGCUUUAAGGGAGUUUAAUAUUUUUAUCCGCCUGCAUUUCUGUUGCAUUGUUCUUAUCUGAUUUUAUUAGUGGUCAUAUAAAUAACUUGAGUAGCUGGAGUUGUUCUCAUGGUGACAAAAUAACCCCAGCCCCUCCCCUUGGCCACCCGUAAGCUUCAUUUCCAGGUUACGGACCAGCAAUCCCUCUCGAGGUGAAAAGAUCAGACCCCCGAGUCAGCGACCUGUCUGAUUCCUGCUAACGUGUGCCAAUGAUUUUGACUUGGUCAGGUAAUAAAAAUAGAUAAGAGUAAAUAGUCGACUCACUGACGUCCAGUAACAUUCAAUUCAAGGGUUGACUCUUUCAACUCCCAAAUGACUCACUGACAUUUUCCCUGCUCAAACCAGACAUUUUGAGCCGUUUCACUGACUGCAUCAGAAGUUGUUUAAUGAAAUUUUACUCUGCCUUUUAAUAAACACCAUAACAUUACUGUACCUGAGCCUACAAGAAUACACGGCUAAGAGUCAAACACACAACUCGCACAAACAGAACGGCUCAGAUGAUGGCCACCAAAAAGGUUUGCAUGGAAGCAUUUAAGAGGUAACAAGAUGAAUGAAUGGAUAAAUAAAUAAAAUUUAAAAAAUCUAGAAGAAAGACAGAAAAUUACACAUUUACAUAUGAAUCAACUCCACCUAGAAGACCUGCUCCCAUGAGAUGAUACUAACUAAUCUAGAUAUGAUUUUAGUUCACUGAAAUGCAACACAUUUCCUACACGGUGUGUGUAGUGAUGUUUGUGUAGGUUAAAUGAUUCUGCAGGGACCGCUCUUGCCUCGGGCCCCACAGACCCACGGGCCCGCUUGACCUGCUAUUGAUUGUGCUGUGGGUCAGAAAAAGAAAGUUUUAUGCUCUCUCAGCGGGUGUCAUUUCGUUUGCAAAUGAGUGUUGUGUUGGUGAUGGUGCACAUGCGGUGUAAUUAGGGCUCAUUAGGGGGUUGUAAAUGGGAAUAGGCCGCAUUAAGCUGUUCACUGAAGGGCCUCAUUAUGCAGGAGCAUUUAAAGCCUCCACGGGGGUGUGAAUGGGCGUAAAGAGCCACACACAAAAAAAAUCCUGCAUAGGCUGGGGGAAGAACUCAGAUGACACUCAGCACAUACACUCUUUUGUCACUGUGUUGGAUUGUUUAGUUUUUAAACACAUUUAGAAGUGAUUAAGCUCAGUUGCUGCUAACUUCGUAUGGUGAAUUUGAGGUCAGAUUUGGUUUAUUAGCUUCUUAGAGCCUUUCUUUCUUUUUUAAAGGAGCUUUAAAACAGUGACCUAUAAAGCACAUAUUAGGCACUUUCCUGCUCCUGACAGAGUUUUAACCACUGGCUAUAGGGCUUGGAGUCAAUUCCUAAGAGUUUCGAUUCGAAAUCGUGAGUCGACUCUGAAGCUUUGGUGUAAUUUUACUUUGGGAAAUAACGUGUAAAAAUGAAAAGCAAUAAAACAGCGACAACAACAGAUGAUAAAGCAUCUAAGUAGCUGCGCAUUAACCUUUCUAAAUCAAAUCCCUAAAAUGGCGGUUGUUCACGAAUCAUAUGUGAAUCAUAAAUGAUAUCCGAAUCAAAAAUGAUUGCUUAAGUUGAAAAGAUCCUUGUCAUUCGUUAUUGCACGGAUUAUUUUACAAGGUCUCGUUAAGAAAUACAGAAAGUGAUUAAGAAUAUAAUAUGUUGUGUGGAAUCAAUUUGAAUAGUUUUCCAUACACCUUGACUCGGGAGUCGACUCAGCAUUCAAACAGUCCUACUGAAACGUGCUCGAGCCAGCGUUCGAGAACAACCAAUCAGAGGGCGCUCGCGACCAACGCCUUAUAUUCUUAGUUUUUUAUUUAUUUAUUU